UCCUUUUGGGCGGUCCUACCCGCUCGCCGCCAGAAGAAAAGGCACCCGUUCCUCCCCCUCUUCUACCUCCCAUCCUUUGCUCAGGAGCUGCCUUCAUCGCAGUCACGCCCCUUCCUUCCAGGAGCUUUCUGGCUGCGUUCGCUGGUAGACCCCUGAAUUACUCCUCCAUCCCCGUUCUCUUUCGUCUCUUCUCUAGUUCCCAUCGCCUUCCCCCACCACCUCCAGCCUAUCUCGCCUCCCACUAUCCGCUGCUCCACCCUCCGGCCCGGUAUCCUGCCUGCCUGUCCACUGCCACCAAGGAGAGACCCGAGGGAGCAGCGAGGUGGAGAGUAGCCGGGACCUGGGGCUUCCUCCCUACCCAUCCCUGGCCUCUGGCCCGGGACCGAAGCCACUUGAGCCAGCGGAGAAAAUCGUCACCUUGUCUUCAUUGCCUUCAGGGCUGCUGCGAAGGCUAACAGAAGUGGAAGAAUCAUUGUCUCCAUAGAGAGAAGACUGAGAAACUAAAGAGUGACCUGUGGUUGGACUCUUGCCGGCGCUUACCCUGAACCUGAGUGUUAGGGGAGAGGGAAUCUGCUGCUGCGGUUUCUGGAGCUGCCCAUAAGCAAGAGUUCCCUAUCCUCAUCAAGGCUUUAAGCCUAAAAGAAAGCAGAAAUAGGUCAAGGGCAGCCCAAGUGCCCAAUUUCUCUCUCUCUUCACAAAGCAUCGCCAGCUAUAGAGAUGAGAAAUUCUGAAGAACAGCCAAGUGGAGGAACUACGGUAUUGCAACGCCUGCUUCAAGAGCAGCUUCGCUAUGGCAAUCCUAGUGAGAAUCGUAAUCUGCUUGCCAUACACCAGCAAGCCACAGGGAGUAGCCCUCCAUUCUCCACUGGCAGUGGGAACCCCGGCCCUCAGACUGACGUGUUGAGUCCCCAGGAUCACCACCAGCAGCUCGUGGCACACCCUGCUCGACAAGAACCCCAGGGCCAGGAAAUCCAGUCAGAAAAUAUCGUCAUGGAGAAGCAGCUGUCCCCUCGAAUGCAGAAUAACGAGGAACUGCCGACCUAUGAAGAAGCCAAGGUCCAGUCGCAAUACUUCCGGGGCCAACAGCAUGCUAGUGUUGGCGCUGCCUUCUAUGUGACAGGAGUCACUAACCAGAAGAUGAGAACCGAGGGACGCCCAUCAGUGCAGCGACUCAAUCCUGGGAAGAUGCACCAAGAUGAAGGCCUUCGAGACCUUAAGCAAGGGCAUGUCCGAUCCCUGAGUGAAAGACUAAUGCAGAUGUCACUGGCUACCAGUGGAGUGAAAGCCCACCCACCCGUAACCAGUGCUCCCCUCUCCCCACCACAACCCAGUGACCUCUACAAGAAUCCCACCAGUUCCAGUGACUUCUACAAGGCUCAAGGGCCACCUCCCAGCCAGCAUAGUCUGAAGGGCAUGGAGCACCGAGGCCCCCCACCAGAAUACCCUUUCAAGGGCAUGCCAUCCCAGUCUGUAGUGUGCAAGCCCCAAGAGCCAGGGCUCUUCUAUAGUGAGCAUCGCCUGAACCAGCCAGGGAGAACAGAGGGGCAACUGAUGAGAUAUCAGCACCCCCCUGAGUAUGGCGCAGCCAGGACAACGCAGGACAUCUCGCUGUCUUUGUCGGCAAGGAAUUCUCAGCCUCACAGCCCAACAUCUUCCCUGACGUCCGGGAAUCAGUUGCUGCAGUCUCCACCAUCUACGAGACUGUCUUCUGCCCAACACGCUUUGGCCGCAAACCAAGGCGACCACUCUACACACCUGCCAAGGCAGCAGCAACACUUUCUUCCGAAUCAGAGUCAUCAGGGGGAUCACUACCGUCUCUCCCAGUCCGCCUUGCCUCCUCCAGCACCGCAGCAGCCGGGGGAAGCCUACUCAGCUAUGCCUCGGGCUCAGCCGUCUGCUUCUUAUCAGCCCAUGCCAGCUGACCCUUUCGCCAUCGUCUCGAGAGCCCAGCAGAUGGUUGAGAUCCUCUCUGACGAGAAUCGGAACUUGCGGCAGGAGUUGGAUGGAUGCUAUGAGAAGGUGGCCAGACUGCAGAAGGUGGAGACAGAAAUCCAGCGGGUCUCCGAGGCAUAUGAGAAUUUGGUGAAGUCGUCUUCUAAGAGAGAGUCUCUGGAGAAAGCCAUGAGGAACAAGCUGGAGGGUGAGAUUCGAAGGAUGCAUGACUUCAACAGAGAUCUGAGAGACCGUCUAGAGACUGCCAACAAGCAGCUGGCAGAAAAGGAGUACGAGGGCUCAGAGGACACCAGGAAAACCAUCUCUCAGCUCUUUGCCAAAAAUAAAGAAAGCCAGCGGGAGAAGGAGAAGCUAGAAGCAGAGCUUGCUACUGCUCGCUCUACCAAUGAAGACCAAAGGCGACACAUUGAAAUCCGAGACCAGGCAUUGAGCAAUGCCCAGGCGAAGGUGGUGAAGCUGGAAGAAGAGCUGAAAAAGAAGCAAGUGUAUGUGGAUAAGGUGGAGAAGAUGCAGCAGGCCCUAGUGCAGCUCCAGGCGGCCUGUGAGAAACGCGAGCAGCUGGAGCAUCGACUCCGCACACGUUUGGAGAGGGAACUGGAGUCCCUGAGAAUCCAGCAGCGCCAGGGCAACUCUCAGCCCGCCAAUGCUUCAGAAUACAAUGCUGCCGCACUGAUGGAGCUCCUUCGCGAAAAGGAGGAGAGGAUUCUUGCCCUGGAAGCAGAUAUGACAAAAUGGGAGCAGAAGUACUUGGAAGAGAAUGUGAUGAGACAUUUUGCUCUGGAUGCUGCUGCCACUGUGGCUGCGCAGAGAGACACAACGGUCAUUAGCCACUCUCCUAACACCAGCUAUGACACAGCCUUAGAGGCCCGCAUCCAGAAGGAAGAGGAAGAAAUCCUGAUGGCCAACAAGCGUUGCAUGGACAUGGAAGGAAGGAUUAAGACGCUCCACGCCCAGAUUAUUGAAAAGGAUGCUAUGAUCAAAGUGCUGCAGCAGCGCUCCAGGAAAGAGCCCAGUAAGACAGAGCAGCUGUCGUCCAUGAGGCCAGCGAAGUCUCUGAUGUCCAUCUCCAAUGCUGGAUCAGGCCUGCUUGCCCACUCCUCUACCCUGACUGGUACUCCCAUCAUGGAGGAGAAGCGAGAUGACAAAAACUGGAAGGGGAGCCUAGGCGUUCUUCUGGGUGGAGACUAUCGUGCCGAGUCUGUCCCAUCCACACCUUCACCUGUGCCUCCAUCGACGCCCCUGCUCUCAGCUCACUCGAAGACAGGCAGUCGAGACUGCAGCACCCAAACCGAACGUGGAUCGGAACCAAGCAAAACCGCAGCUGCUACUCCCAUCUCUGUUCCGGUUGCCGUUCCAGUUGCUGCUGCUGCCGCCCCUGCUGCUGCCAACACUGCAAGUGCUGCCACCAACACUGCCGCAGCUGCCACCAACACCACUAUCAUGGUAGCUGCUGCUCCAGUUGCUGUUGCUGCUACUGCUGCUCCAGCUACUGCCGCUGCCACUGCCCCAUCUCCAGCAAAUGCUGCUGCUCUUGCUGCUGCUGUCUCUCCAGCUGCGCCUGUCUCUCCAGCUGCUCCUGUCUCUCCAGCUGCUGCUGCUCAGAUUCCAGCUGCUUCAUCUCUUACUUCUGCUACUGUUUCUCCUACCCCUUCUGCUGCUACUGUCGCUACUGCAGCUACUGCAGCCGCAGCUGUUGCUGCUGCUGCUGCUACGGCUGUUCAGGUUGCUCCAGCUGCUUCGGCUCCGGUUCCAGCUCCCGCUCCGAUUCCGGCUUCAGCAACGGCUCAGGCUUCUGCUCCGACUCCGACUCAGGCAUCAACUCCAGCUCCGACUGCAGUUCCUACUCCAGCUCCGACUCCAACUCCAGCUUUGGUUCAAGCUGAGGGUCCUGCAAGUCCAGGUACCAGCUGUGGACCACGCCGGUUGUCCACACCAAAUCUGAUGUGCAACCCAGACAAGCCAGAUGGUCCUGUCUUCCACUCCAACACUCUGGAAAGAAAAGCACCCAUUCAGAUCCUGAGUCAAGAACCCGAUGCAGAGAUGGUGGAAUAUCUCAUCUAAACAGCAUACUCGAAAGCUGAAGUUAUCAGCAAGAGUUCAUUUAAUCAUUUUUCCCUUGUGUUUGUUUAAUCUAGGGUGAUGAUGGGGUUGGGAGGUGGGGAUGAUUUUUUAAAGGGACUUUUUAUUGGACUCUUGUAGUACUUAAUACCAUGAUAAUUCCAGUCUAUUUUGGAAUACAUAGGGAGUACCUCAAGAUGAUAGGUUAAACAGAAUGUUCUCUAGAACUAAUUGCUGGCAUUGAUCUAAAUCAUGGACUAUUAACUGGUAGCGAUGUCCAUUGAUUUCAGAUGCUUCAAUUUGUUUUGACAUUUCCCAAUUUGAGGUCAUUUUUCAUUGAAGAAUACAGCAUGUGUGGAAGGCAGUUUGUAACACGUAGUUCAGAAGUGGAAAUCUGGAGAGAAUUUGAAGAUUUGCUGCUUUGUCUAGCGACUACCUGGACAACAGCCAUAGAACGGUCUUUCUUUAAGCUGAGAAAAGAAAGCGUUUUAGGAGCUUUGGAAGCUGGUGAAAAGGAAGAGAGUAUUGGGGUUAAGAAGGGAACUGGACCACUUUUCUCUCCCAGUUGCCAGUUACCCUGCCCCUUCAUACUGAUGGUAUUUAUCUUCAUUUCAAUGGUGCUUUGGAAGUGGAUUCUUUUGGUUCCCUCCUGGAGGUUCAUACAUUCAUAUAUAUACUCUGGAAUAAUUUAUGCAUUUGGAUAAUUAAUAUAUUGCUUUCAGAUGGUAGGAGAGUAAAUGAACAGAGGGAUGCAUGACUUCCUCUCUCAUGGGGGGUUAGAUGUUAGAAGCUUCAGUGGAGGGCUUCAUGAGAUGCUGCAUGCGGACUUUUGUGGUCAAGAGAUAGUCAUGAACACGGCUCAGUCACCUUAAAUUUAACCAGUUGACUGACUUAGCCUUUAUUUCUUCCACAAGGCAGAUGCACUGACUGGUUCCCCAGUCUUUGUUUGCCAAUAAUUUGCAAAAUGAGGAAACAUCUUUUUUGGACAGGUUGAAUGUGUUGAAUUUCUGGCUAAUACUUUGAAAUAUUUCAGUUUUGUUUUCCCAAAUUAGCCUGUGUCUUCAAAGGCAUAUGCAACUGUCACCUCCAUGAAAAAAGCAUAAGAAGUCCAAAGUGCCGGGCUGCAGUCAGGAGAGAGGUUGAUUGCAGCAAUCUCCUCAACUACCUCUUCUCACUGCCAGUGACGCCAUCUUGGAAACCCCUUGGGAAGCAGCUGGGAAUGUAUACAUGGGCGGGACCAAACAGGGAACCUUACCAUAAGGCUGCCUCUAAGGACACAGAAGGUGUCAGUUGUCACAGGUCCUUGUCCUUAGUCUCUGCCCUUCAUAAGGUGAUAUAACUUCAGAUAGUAUCAUUAAGGUCUGUUUUCAGGGGUAUAGGAAGGGUCAGGGGAGGGGGACUAUUAAGUAUAAGGGGUAGAGGUUUAGUGAUAUGUUAUGUUAGAAAUCACAUUGAUAGAAGGGUAGCCUAUAUAUUAUGCCAUGGACUUUAGUGAUGGAAAGGAACUUUAUCUAGCAAUGUAGCUCUACAUUCUAACUUUAGUUGAUGAGGAAUCUGAGACUUGGAGAAGUUCAGUGACUUUUUCAAGAUCACACAGCGUAUCUGUCUGCUCUGCCAAUUACAUACCUAUUUUGGGAAAUGAUUAUCUAUAAAAAAAAGAGCCUGUUUUGAAGAAAGGGCAUUUUCCUAGUCUAGGGUAUGCCUACUUUAUGAAAAUCUUCUUGGUUUGACUAGAUUGUUUGGGGUGAUUUCUCGCCUUGUCUCUGCUGGAGUGCCUUGUAUGGAACUGUUCUUUUUCUCAUCCCAUUUCAUCAUGAGCUACAUGAAAUGCACCCCUAAGACAUCAACUCAGCUGUUUUUCACAAUAAAAUCGUGUGUUUGGGGUUAUUUUAUGUAUUGCUCUGUGAGUAUAAGAGUGCUCUAUUUACCUGUAUUCUUGAGUAGUUCCUAAUUACCUUCCAAAGGAUUUAUUUGUGUGUGUGGGUGUGUGUGUGAAGGAAAUGCAAAACAACUAUUAACUAGUUUUUCACAUUAUUAAUAACAAAAUGAUCAUCCAGUCCAGCAAUCCUCAGUUAAAGAGUGAACGCCAAAUAGAAACGUGAAGCAGUCCUGUGAAUAAUGCUCAUUCACAGCAUUUUUCUGUUGCAAGAAAAAAAAUCUUCAGCCAGUAGAAGAAUCAGGCAACAAGCACCAGGAGAGCGACUUUCUGCCCAAGCUAAUGAAUGAAAAUAAAAAGCUUUUUAUGUCCUCUCCCGAUGACAACACAUUGCUAGAAUUUGGGCUGACACUGGGAGCCAUGAUUCCAGUCACAUUUUAUGAAGUGACAGAUGUGGUACCUUCUUCACUGUGUGGCAACCAUCUCUUUAGAAUCAUGUGUUUGGGGAUAGAAGGAAGUCCUUGCGGAAGUACUAUUUGGAACUUUCCUGAACCUUUCUGGCCUACCACACUAGAGGCGGUUCUGCUCAGUAUUCAGGCCCAGGCAAUUUUCUAGAAGGACAGUGUAACAUCUAAGAAAAGGAAGAAGACUGUGUUGGUAUAGUCUGUUUAUGGACCAUACAGGCCCCACCUCUUGAGAAAAUUUCUACUAGGCAUCAGUUUAAAAUUCAGUUAUAUGUGAAAAUCUCAAAUUAGCCACCUCUUCCCAGUUGUGUGGAUGUAGCAUUUGAAGCCUCUUCUUGGACUUUCUCCUAUCUACAAUAAAAUGUAUGCAUUUUCCUGGCACCCUAGAAGAAGUGGGGACAUUUGUUGUCUUAACUUUUAUUGCUGGGUGGUCUAUGAGCAUAUUAUUCUUCAUUACCCGCAAUGUCCCAUGUCCAGCAGAAUUUCAUUUGAUUGAACUAUACUUGAUACAAAACUGUUAACAUUGUUGCGGAAGUAAACUCGGCUUGAACUUCCUUUGAAAGUCAUGUAUUGUGACUGUUGUCUUAAUGAAGGUUUUGAUUUCAGUGUUGCUUUUGAGUUGCAGCAUGACGGGGUGGUAGAAACUUGAAGCAUCUGCCAUGAUCUGUGACAGGAAAUAUAGCAAGAUACCUGUCCUGUUCUCUUCUUCCUUUUGCAUUGUUGAGUGGCUCUGACAAACUGAUUCCCAACCUACUUUUUAUGAAGAAUCUAAAUAAUGUGGCAGCUUAAAGUAUAGAUGUAUGUGCUAACUUUAACAAACGCUCAUGUCUGUUAGCCGUACAAUCUAUUAGCUUAAAUGCUCAUUCAUACAUGGAAUGUGUUACUUAGAAAUGUGUUCCUUCUUCCAAGGAAAUACUUUCAAAGGGAGGUAUUGGCUGUGGGUUCAUUGUUACCAAUUUCUGCCUGCCACAAUCUUUAGAAAUUCUUCUUCCAAGUGCCACCGUUGACAGUAGGAGAAAGGGUGGAAACAUGGACAUUUUCUUCUGGUAGCAAGGGAGGGUUACAAGAAGCGUUCAAACCUCCUUCUGCCCUACUUUGUUAUCAAUGGCAUGUGUUUAAUAAAAUGGCUAGAUGGGGUUGGCAGAUGGUUUGAGAAGAAUUCCUUUUGGUUUAAUAUAUGUGGUCUCAUAGUGGUUGUGAUUCUAUUCUGUAAUCAUGAGAGGUAGAUCAAAUAAAGUUAAGCAGGAUAAAUCCACUUUGUGCCUAUCUUUUCACUGACAAUAAUAAAGUAAGCUGUUUGAAAAUGAA